AUGGCGGUGAACUAUGCAGGGUGCAUACCCUCCGAGCUUCUGGAAAAGAUAGUGGUGAUGGUCCUGGUGUCGGAGGAGCCUAAGGAUGCUUCCCCCGGACUCAUAGACCCACCUGUCCCCGUCGCAGAACAGGAGUCAAUGCAGUUAGCAGAGCAGAGCGCCGCUAGCAUGGCGCUGGUCUGCAAAGACUGGAAGGAGGCCAUGCACUCUGUGGGCUGGAAUGCCCUUCUCUCAAAGAGGCUCAAGGGGUCCGUCCCGUGCGUGCCGGCCGACGCCCUGUGGCUCCUGCGGCUGUUGCGUGCGCAUGCGGGGGAUUCUAUGAACGUGACGGAAGCGAGGGCGUAUUUGCGGGUGACUUCGCGCGACUUGCACGCUUACAGGGAGGCCCAGGGCUUUCCCAACGUCGUCGGGUUCCGCUACGACCUGGCGCUGUUGGUGGAAGUAGCCGCAGGGAAGCACGGCGGGGUGUCUGGUCUGCGCGCCUACAUUUCCAGGCUUGAAGUGCGAGCGGCGGCGGCGGCGCGCGCGGCGCAGCUGAGAGAAGAGGCCAGGCAGCGAGAGGUCGAUAAUAUCCUCAAAUCAUUCGACUCUCGAGUGUCGAAGUACGUGAACACCUUCGAUUACGUGACGUUGGGGCUGGGGAAGUCGGAUGAAAUCAUCGGGCAGGCCGCCGCGAUCCAGAAGGAUUUGAAGACAGCCGAUGAAAUGGCGCGAUCGGCCCACGUGGACUUACGAGAGGAUGACCUCUGCGGCGUGUCCCUGGGUCUCUUUUUGAAACGGCAAAAGAGCACGGUGGAACUGGCGUGCGUCUUCAUGAGGCGGAUGGAGGUCGACGUCAUCGGCAUCCCUUACAAAUCGACUACGGACCGCUCGCUGGUGCGGCAAUACGUAGAAAGGGGAGGCGAUAUCGCGUCGUUGAUCCGGUCCACGGGGUACCCCGGCCACAGGGCCGCGGCGCGCGAUGUUCCUGUUCCCAGAACGAAGGCUCGGACACGCGGUCCAAACGUAGAGGCUGACGGCGGCGGAGGGAGUCCUCUACCGGCCUUGUGCGGGGCGCUGAUAAAUAUGCCGGGGGACCAGCGGGACGUGCGCACGAAGACCAGUAGGAAGACGCUCCAGGAACGGGCUCAAUUGCCGGCGUGGAGCUGA